GAAAACAGUCGAGCUUCGCACUUGGCCGGCGGCGUACGUGUCCCGAACACGCGUCCGAAUCAAAACUUUCUUACGUCAAAUCAAUGGAUAUAACCUAACACGCCGCGCGUUUUGGUAAUUAAACAUCUAAAAUGCAAUUGCCUUGUGUCCUACAACAUCGGUAAAGUGACGAAUCGCUGUAAAGUGACGUGCUAGUGCGUGCCAACGAUGUGAAUUUUUAGUGCAUUGUGUGUUGUGUUACAAAAAAAGGAGCAAUGAGUAUCCAAAAGUGUUUACUGGAUAACUCCAGUCGGAUGAUCAAGGCGAUGUCCAACGCGAAGUCGAGCAACAGUGAAGUCAAAACGGGCGUCCGUAGUGGUCUGAAAAAUCUGGUGGGGUUGGCGAUGCUCUCCCUGUCCAUCCCGAUCGAUGAUAAAAAGAAAAAAACAACUCGCAGUUGGAUCGAGAGCACGUUCCAGAAGCGAGAGUGCAAGUACUUCGUGCCGAGUGCUAAGGAUGAGCACGUAUGUUGGUGCGGACUGAGCAAGACAGCCCAUGGCUCUAACACGGCCGUGGCCGCCCCGGGCGAGGCCUGGGUGCCGGCUAGGCACACUCACGCGGCCCCCACUGAUGCAUACGGCACAGUCGAGUUCCAGGGAGGUCCACAUCCUACUAAAGCACAGUACGUCCGCCUGUCACACGACACCCGUCCCGAGCUGAUAGUCCAACUGCUGACGAGGGAGUGGCAACUGGAGAGGCCGAAACUCCUCAUCACCAUCCAAGGAGGCAAAGCCAACUUCGACCUAAAGCCGAAGCUGAAGAAGGUGCUCAGGAAAGGAUUACUCAAGGCUGCUAAAACAACUGGCGCUUGGAUUUUCACUGGAGGAACGAAUACAGGUGUAACACGGCAAGUUGGAGAUGCAUUACAAUUGGAGAGGUCACAAAGGGCAGGCAGGGUCGUCAGCAUCGGCAUUGCUCCGUGGGGCAUCGUAGAGGGCGCCAACGAGCUCAUCGGCAAGGGCAGAGAUGUCCCCUACCACGCGAUUGCUUCACCAAGAUCAAAGCUAGCAGUUCUGAACAACAGGCACGCGUACUUCCUGUUGGUGGACAAUGGCUCAGUCGGCCGCUACGGUGCGGAGAUCGUGCUGAGAAGGAAGCUGGAGAAGUACAUAGCUGCGCAAAAACUACACCCUUAUACCCACUCCUCAACGCCCGUGGUCUGCCUCGUGAUAGAAGGUGGCACGAACACAGUGAGAGCUGUGUUGGAGUACGUCACUGACACUCCACCUGUGCCGGUCGUGGUGUGCGAUGGGAGCGGCAGAGCAGCUGAUCUUAUUGCGUUUGUGCACAAGUAUGCAUCAGAGAGCGGCGAACAAACAGUGCUAGAGUCUAUGCGGGACUUCGUCAUUGGCACCAUCCAGAAGACGUUCGAAGUGGGGCUCCAACAAGCAGAGUGUCUAUACGGGGAGCUCCUGCAGUGCACCAGGAAGAAGAACUUGAUCACAGUAUUCAGAAUCCAAGAGCGAGCGGAAGGAGGCGAGGUCCAAGAGCUUGACCAAGUGAUCCUCACGGCGCUGUUCAGGGCGCAGCACCUGUCUCCGAGUGAACAGCUCUCACUCGCUUUAACAUGGAACCGAGUGGACAUUGCACGCUCGGAGAUCUUCGUAUAUGGUCAAGAAUGGCCGCCUGGAGCCCUGGACGAAGCAAUGAUGCAGGCCCUGGAACACGACAGGAUAGACUUCGUGAAGCUUCUCCUCGAGAACGGAGUGUCAAUGAGGAAGUUCCUCACGAUCCCUCGUCUGGAGGAGCUGUACAACACCAAGAGUGGUCCCAGCAACACCCUGAGGUAUAUCCUGAGGGAUGUAAGGCCUCAUCUUCCGAGGGGAUAUGUGUACACGCUGCAUGACAUAGGCCUGGUGAUUAAUAAGCUGAUGGGAGGAGCGUACAGAUGCUACUACACCCGCCGCAAGUUCCGUCCGAUCUACGCGAAGGUGAUGAACAAGAGCGUGAAUGUUCACCGAAAUAGCGCUUCGUUCACUCGGCACAACGCCGGCGGCCUCUCCCUCAUCACCGGGUUUAUGCCUGUCACCACCGAGAUGGCGCUGUUCGACUAUCCCUUCAACGAAUUACUAAUGUGGGCAGUGUUAACGAAACGGCACCAGAUGGCGUUGCUAAUGUGGACACAUGGCGAGGAGGCGCUGGCUAAGUCACUGGUGGCCUGCAAACUUUACAAGGCUAUGGCUCACGAGGCUGCCGAAGACGACAUGGAGACUGAGGUGUAUGAGGAACUGAGGCAUUAUGGCAAGGAGUUCGAGAAUAAAGCGUUAGAGUUAUUGGAUUACUGCUACCGACAAGACGACGAUCAAGCCCAGCAGUUAUUGACCUGUGAACUCCAAAAUUGGUCCGGACAAACUUGCCUAAGUCUUGCAGUAGCUGCUAACCAUAGAGCAUUAUUGGCACAUCCUUGCUCACAAAUAAUCCUGGCCGAUUUAUGGAUGGGAGGUCUCCGCACUAGAAAAAAUACAAAUUUAAAGGUAAUUCUGUGCCUGCUGUGUCCACUCUACCUUCUCCAACUGGAGUUCAAGUCGAAGGAGGAGCUGCAGCUGAUGCCGCAGACUGAGGAGGAGCAUCUGGAGAACGAGAGCUUGGAAGACGAUAGGAGCACGAAGGACCCUAAUGACGCGGAGGCGUUGAUUGGCUCAGGGGCCGAAUGCGAAACUCGAGUUGAUCAGAACGGGAAAGUUGGGAAAAUAGGGUGGGAGCCCUCGUACAGGGAGCUGCCUGAACACCACACCCCCGAGGACAAGCGGAUGAGGCCCCUGCGGCUGAGGAAGAAGAUCUACGAGUUCUUCACCGCGCCGAUCACCAAGUUCUGGGCCGAUUCGAUUGCCUACAUAUUGUUCCUACUGAUGUUUACAUAUACAGUAUUAGUCAAGAUGGACCCGACUCCCUCUUGGCCGGAAAUUUAUUCUAUAUGUUAUAUAUUAACGUUCUUAUGUGAAAAGAUAAGAGAAAUCAUUACGUCCGAACCAGUAGCUAUUAGACAUAAGUUCAGUGUAUGGGCAUGGAACAUGUGGAACACGUGCGACGCGGGUUUUAUCAUUUUCUUCCUGGUCGGCCUCACGCUGAGGCUGCGCGCGGGGUCCAUGGACAUCGGCAGGGUGAUAUACUGCGUCGAUAUUAUAUUCUGGUAUUUGAGGAUACUCAAUAUACUGGGCGUAAAUAAGUACUUAGGUCCUCUAGUCACAAUGAUGGGUAAAAUGGUGAAAAAUAUGAUAUACUUCGUGGUGCUAUUGCUAGUGGUGCUGAUGUCGUUCGGAGUGGCGCGGCAGGCGAUCCUCUACCCGGACAAGGAGGCUAGUUGGUACCUCAUUAGAGAAAUAUUCUUCCAGCCGUACUUCAUGUUGUACGGUGAAGUAUUCGCCGGUGAAAUCGACCCAGUGUGUGGGACGGGCAUCGGCGAUGUCAAAUGUGUUACCGGAAGAUGGAUCACGCCCGUUGCAAUGACAAUUUAUUUGCUUGUCGCCAACAUUUUGCUAAUAAACCUUCUCAUAGCCGUCUUCAACAAUAUAUUUAAUGAAGUCAAUGAAGUCUCGCAUCAGGUGUGGAUGUUCCAAAGGUUUACAGUGGUGAUGGAGUAUGAACGGAAGCCCGUGCUCCCACCACCACUGAUCAUAUUCUGCCACAUCUACGCGACCGGGAAGUGGAUCACCAGGAACGUCUCCCACAAGAGGUUCCAGUAUGACAAUGGACUGAAACUGUUUCUGGAAAAGGAGGAUAUGGAGAGGCUUUAUGAUUUCGAGGAGGAGUGCGUCGAAGGGUAUUUUAGGGAACAAGAAGUUAAAUUAUCUAAUUCUAUAGAAGAGAGAGUAAGAAACACAACUGAUAGGGUAGAAAAUAUAACGACCAAAAUGGAAGACUUGAACCAGAAAGCUAAUUGCCAAAUACAAUCAAUGCAGAGUGUAGAAUUUAGGUUAAGAAAAUUAGAAGAUGUAGCUGAACAAACUAUGAACCACCUGGCCGUUAUACACCGUUUUAUGGCGACCCAUCCCUCGCUGGUCAACCGAGGGUCCACGGAUACUUUGGGCCCCCCUCCCCCCACCUUCCAGUCCGGGGCUGCAAGGCUCAGAACCGCCAGCGAUAGAUCCGAGGUGCUGUCUGACUCGGAUACAGGCGUGGCGCGCUUCGCGGUCCGCCCCGUGCAGGAGGAAGACGAGCAAGCCUCGCAGCCCUCCGAAAACGAAAAGUCGAAUAAAGAAUCAGUUGUUGAUGAGUUGAUUCAGUCUGGGCCCGAGGCUAUAGUGGAAAAGGAACCGGAGGCAGAUUCCAUCUCAACCUCAUCUGGUGGAAGUGUUGCGGGUCCUGAAAUCACGGUCAUAAGAACGCAGCCACCCAUUACUCCAGCUCGGCAAAGAUCUUCAGAUAGCAAUAGAACUGAACCAAGUGAAGAAAAAAAAAUACCAUCAUCAACGGAUGACGCGUUCUUGCCAGAAGCCCAAGAAAUGCCUUCAGACCUCCAAAGCCUCAGACCUCGGACCACAUCCGCUGGUACGCGACGAACAGCCAACACCAGAAGGCGCUCGGAAGGCGGCAACGACUGCGGGAUGGGUCACCACUCGACGCAACACUUGGCUCCGCGCAGACAACACAGCCAGACACAUUCUGAGCCUGACAACUCCGCUGUCGACGCUGGUUCUGUUCACAAUUCUGUCACUGGGCCUGCCUCUGGCUGGGAAGCUACAGGAGGCGCAGCGGGUGUACCAGGACGCUCCAGAGUGGGAGCUCCUCCGAGGUCAUUGCUCCUGGCCAUGCACGAGUAUACCAGCAUCACUGAUGAGCUGGAGACUGUCUAUGGGUUGUUCUCGCCGCCUCAUACCCCUAGGACACCAAUCACGUCGCGUCUGCUCUCCCCUGCCAGGGCUGCCUCCCCCUCGGUGAGACGUCGCCACGCCAGCGAGAUGUCCAACCCUGAGUUCGCACUCUUCAUGGAGAAGGAGCAUCUACGAGGAGCGGAGGAGGACGAUUAUAUCAUGAUGGAGAAUCUUAUCCAAAGGCGUAGCCUAGAAUUGGGGUGUGUGCUGGACAGAUACGACGAGGAGGGCGGGGAGGCUGAGGACGGGGGGGAAGUGAGCGGGAUCAGCAUCAGCGUGUGCGUGAACACGAGCGGGGAAGAAAGAGAGGCAGGAUUGCCUCAGCAAACGACUACGCUGCUGACCGUCAGCGAUAGAAGGUUGCCGCAUCAGCGACAUUCGCUCAGAAGAUCAUCAGCUAUCGACAGCCGGGAGCUGCCCUCCCCCCUGCAGCCGUUGCUGGGAGACGACACGUGUGGAGAAGUGUCCUUACCAGUCCCAAGGCAGCCGUCAGGCGACACGAACGCAUCAAGCGAACUGUCUCUCUCGCACAUGGUGAGCGAGAACCUCCCCCCGCGCCCCUCCAUCGUGCUCGACUCGUCCCAGCUGCCGCGCCAGCGCUCGGCCGAACAGCCACAGCCAACACCACCCACGCCAGCUCGUCCGGAGACUAUGUGCUAGACCUGGUACCAACCUGCUGAUAUUACGAAUCCAGCGAGCUGCGACUAGCGAAAUCUCAUAGAAGCACACAAGUGAAUCUGAGAAGCAUAAUCGUAAUAAUAAAAACACCAAAUGUUAAUGUUUAACCGUUUUCAGACAAACUUUUCCUGUUUCCAUUGAGAAGGCCAUUUUGGAACCCCUUUUCUAUAUCGAACCCAUAGAGUUAAAUUAAGAUAGAUGCCGCAUAUUAUGCGACUAAACGUAACUAUCUCAAUAAUACGAAAUGAAUUGACUAACGAGUUAUGGCGUCUCGUUUUAGAGUGGUUUUUACAUAGCACCAUCAAUAGUCUCGAAAAUAACGUAUAAAUUCAAAGCAGUAAUAACAAUUUUCACACGCGUGUCUAUGGGGAGGUUAUGUCAUUUUUUUUCUUUGUAUGCAAGAAUGUAAGUGACGGCCGUUUCUAUAGUAUUUUGUGGAGAUGCGCCGCAUCUAGUCUAGUAUAAUUCUAUGGUUUAACCUUUAGAACGUCGUACUCUGUUACGUCUUUAUCUUCAAGAUUGCUAGUAGACUGACCUACAACUAACCAUAUCGACAUUGGAUUUCAUAUUUUGUGACUUAUUGUUAGUAAAAAAUUAUAAAGGCAAACGAAUUAGACAACUUUAUAUCAAUCUACAAUAUUCUACAAGCUUAAGACUUGGGCAAUUCUAUUUUUAUCGCCUCUCUUAGUGGCACAAUAUCGCUGUAAAUAAGCUCAAUGUUGAUCUUUUUAAUGUUUACCUUCCAUAUUAUAAGUAUGGUCCAACGCAUGUCCUUUCAUUCUUAUUCGCUGUUGUCAGUGGGUCUUUGAAUUUGAUUAUUAGAAAUUGAGUAUAUCGCAUUUUUUUUAUUUAAAAAAGGGGAGAUAAUUAAUUGAAAUUACUGAUACUCAAGUUAUUUCAAAAGAUUUUUUACCUGUUCUAUUUUCAAUUAACUUGUUUUAUUUUUACAUAUUGCUGAUUGUUCUAUAUUGCUAAUGAAAUUAUUAAUUUUUGACACAAUUCCUUUUAAUCAAAUUCAACGAUCGACCACAUGAUUUAAUCUUGUAUGCAAUAACUUUCACUUUAAAUAUAAAGUGCGCGGAAGGCUCUAGCGAUGUUUGAAAUAAUGUAGAAACUUCUAGAACAAUUCUGUACAGAAUACGAGGGAUGACAAUCGACAAUACAUUAGUGCUCAUGAUGUAAAUACUUAUUGUCAGGGAAGCCAGUGGUUAUCAAUAAGAGCUUGGUGGCAACUUUUUUCAAUUACAAGUUUCCAAGUGUCAACUGAAAGACAAAACUUAGAUAUUGACUUUUUUAAAAGUUUGAUUUGCAACAGAAAUAUGUUCGAUAACACAGAUAUCGAGCAGCUACUUUAAUAAUACAUCGGACACAGUUUACUUGUUCAUAGUACCUAUAGUGCUAUGUAUAAUAAAUCUUAUUUUGUGUCUCGUCGAGCGUCCGCUAUUUAUAUACCCUUUACAAUCUUUUAACUAUGAUUAUAUCUGUAUUUCUUAGAUUUAAUUUUAUCUUUUCUUUUUUUCCGAUUUAUUUAUGUAAUUUAGUUCAAUUUUUUGUUGAAAUAGAUGUGACGAUUACUUUAGUCAAAAUUUGCUAAUAUAGGUACUGUGUUCUGAAAACGUGUUCGCCCUUACUAAACAAAUUACUAAUAAGUAGUAGUCGACAUUUGUAUAUAAAAAACUAGAUUUCCAUAAAGGUCGUAUAAGCCAGCGUACAAUAAAUAUAUUUAACACCUACUGAACUGAAAACUGGUGUGUAGGUAAGCGAGUACGAUCUAAAACAAUCAUAUUUGUGUUUUUUCACAACAAUAUCUACAAAAUAACAAAAUUAACAAAGGCUCCAACAGAAUAGUAGCUAAAAUUCAAGUUGAGACGAACUUUGACUGAGAACAGUUGCCACAAGGCUGUAAGAUAAUGAAGUCGGAACUGAGGAUUAAAAUAGAAGUAGGAUACUAUAGAUGUAUAACCUAACAAUAAGUACAGUUAUUCAGUUCAUGCCAAUGAGUAGAAAUGAGUCUGACGAGUGAAUUUUAACUAAAUUUACUUUCAAACCCUUUGACAUUAAGUAUGCUAUUAUAUUUGAAUAAUCUGAACAUAGAUAUACAAUAUGUUGAUAAAUAUUAAGCGGCUUGUGUGCCACUUUUAAACUCGCUUUUAUUCUCAUUAACCUGUAGCCUUACAAUUCUACCGCGGCCCGAUCCGAUUGCGAUCCUAUUGUUGUUUUUAUUAUCUCCAGUUUCGCUAUAUUUUUUAUUGAUUUGAGAAAAUCGUCGAAAAGACUAACUGCCAUAUCACAUAAAUCAAUUAGAUAUAUUUACUCAGAAGAGGGUUACUACAGAUACUUAAAUAGGUUGACGAGUUUCAAAUAAUGACCCAAUAUAAGUUUGGCUAAAUUGAUAUAAAGGAUCUAAUAUUUAUUUAUUGUAUGUCUAUGGAUUUUACUGUAAUAUUGUAAUUGCAACAUGGCUAUUAAUUUGUUUUUAAAGGCCAAAGGGUUAAAACAGUGAGCACUAUGAGGCAAUGUUCUACGCUUGUUAUUAAUAAAGUUACAAACUUUCCAAUAUAGAAGACAUAUCAGUGAAGCUAAAUUCGUUAAAUUGUUUUCGUGCAAUUUUUCACAUGCCGCUGUAAGUUGUUGACCAAAUGAAUUUUAUAUAAAACGUGAACGCGCGCUAGUUCAAAUGUCAAAUAUUGAUGGCAAAAUAAAAAAGUCACUUUAAUGUUUUUAAAUGCUACAUAUUUCAUAGAUGCCUUUUUAAAACUGUCCCUUAAUUUUUUUCUGGCUAUAAAAUGGUCAUCACAAUGUGUUCAAUUAUACCAAAUAUUUUGUGCAAGUUUCCAUUUAUACUAUAUUUGCAGUACAAUUAAUCUUUCAUCUUUGUAUAUAAUUGUAGAGAAUUAAUGUUCGAUGAUGCGACUAUGUAUAUUAAUAGAUUUUUUAAAAUAAUUCGAUAAUUUUUUAAGACAAUGAUGCAAUAAGUUAUUUUAAUUUGUAGAUUAGUGAAAUGUUUUAUCAUGUCAUAGAUCAUUGAAGAAUGUUGUGAAAAGCAAUAAAGAUGGACAACUGACUUCCAUAUUGAAAAUACGUUUUAAAUUUACACAUUAUGCUGUAUGCGGUGUUGGUUAAAUUGAGUGUUAUAAGUAUAAUCUAUCCUAUUUUAUGAAAAAAAUCAUAAAAUGUCAAUAAACUUGUAUUAUAGUUUUCUAACCUUAUUUGGUAAGAUUUCCGUCCACAUAAAUAUACCUAAUAAUGGAAUCAUUGAUUUUUUUUUACAAUAUGGAGAACGAAGUUCUUAAAUUCAAUUAAUGAAAAUGUAUAAAAAACCUGUACUUAUCUAUUAAAUUGAUUGAUAUCAUCAGCAUAAUGUAUAAAUACCAAGAUCAUAAAUACGAAUACAAAAUUACAAAAUGCUUAAAAAAAUUGAAAAAAAUUGACGCGUCACAGUCUUUUUUUUUUAAUCUGUCGUCUUACCUUCGAGCACAAUAUUUUAACUAUUAAAAAAUUAAUUAUCCUUAUUGGGAGUUUUCGUAUUUCAUAAAAUUUUUCAGAGUGAUUAGAUAUCUUCGUCUGUGUUAUGUAAACAUAUGUACAAUAAAACAAUAAAUAUAUUUGUGAUAU